CUCUGUACCAUACUAUAAUGCCGGAUGAUGACAACUACGAUCCAACAGCUGAUCUAGAGUAUGAAGAGGUUGAUGACGAUGAUCAACCGAGAACUUCGACAGCCGCCAAGGGAAAGCACAACGCUAGUGUGAACGGCCAGGCCGAGAAAGGACAGGCGGUCUGGGAAGGCACAUACAACCGAAGCUGGGAUGUGGUACAGGAAGAUGCGGAGGGUGGUUUACAGAGCGCUGUCGACAGUCUCAUAGCUCGUGGUCGACGAAAGAGAGCAGAGAUAGACACACCUCUACGACGAUCCAUCAUAAGACACAUGUUUAUCAUCCUCGAUCUGUCAGAAUCGGUAUUGGACAAAGACUUUCGUCCUUCUCGGUUCGAACUGACCCUUCAAUACAUGCGAUCAUACGUCGUCGAAUGGUUUGAUCAAAAUCCGUUAGGACAAAUAGGUAUGAUUAUCAUGCGGGAUAGAUUAUCAGAGGUUUUGAUACCUAUGGGAGGUAAUCCACAAGAAAUCCUUUCCGUCCUCACUGAUAAACGCAAACUUGAACCUUCCGGUGAACCAAGCUUACAGAACGGUCUGGUCAUGGCUAAGGGAGGUAUGAGUCACCUCCCUUCCACUUCAUCCCUCGAAAUCCUAGUGGUAUUCUCUUCCAUAUCAACUGCCGAUCCUGACGGUCCUAUCAACAUUCAUCAAGUCCUCUCCGAUCUCUCAUCCUCCAGAGUUAGAACUUCCAUCAUCUCCCUUUCUGGUGAAAUCAAGAUAUGUCGUCAGAUAUGUCAACGAACGGGUGGAAAAUUCGGUGUGGCAAUGGAUGAAGAUCAUCUUCGUGAAUUAUUAUGGGAAACCAUACCUCCCCCUGCCCAAACUCAAUCAUCCAACCCCACCACAUUAGGAGUUCGGAACGCUCUGGCGGCAGGUGGGAACAGGGUCGAUGGAGAUGGAAGUAGACCACCCCCGGUCGGAGAUCUCAUGGUCAUGGGCUUUCCGGUGAGAUUACCACCUGGUGGUGAAACACUUUGUGUUUGUCAUGGGUUGUUGAAAAAGGGAGGAUAUCUCUGUCCUAGAUGUGGGAGCAAGUUGUGUGACGUCCCGACUGAUUGUGAGGUUUGUGGGUUAAUGGUGGUCAGUAGUCCUCAUUUGGCAAGAAGUUUUUGGUUCUUAUUCCCCGUGGCCCAUUAUGACGCUCUUACUGUUGAGACCACCAUGGGGGAUAGAGAAAGAUCAUCACCGACAUGCUAUGGAUGUGAUAGAUCUUUCAAAACCAUGGACGAGACAGGCAGUGCGCAUGUCGUCGAUGGAAUAUCCCCCACAGGAAGAUAUAGAUGCGCAAGAUGUUUCAAGGAUUUCUGCUCAGAAUGUGAUUUGUAUAUUCACGAUACCCUGCAUACAUGUCCCGGAUGUUCACAGUGAUACCGGCGCGAUAGUCCAGCAUGAAAAGAUGAUAUAUGCAUAGUUUAUGGUGCUU